UGAUUUUAGAGGCCGCCAAUGGUGAGUUUCUCAAAUUUAAAUUUGAACUUGGAUCGUGUUAGUCUAGGCCUUUGGCUAAUUUCCCAAAGAUCAGUUAGUUCGUGGCUUUUACGCAGUGCGGAUGAUCACCAUGGUUUUUCUACAACUCUGGCUGAUGUUACUGCUGGCCUGUGCCGGCGUCUUCUCAUUCCCGAUGCUGUACAAGUUAAAUCCCGAAGAGAAAUACGAGGCAGACCUUGUGCCCGUCUCGUCAACAGUGAUUCCGCUAACUGUGCUAGAAGUUAGCUACGGAGCAGGUGGCAAGCCCAGCGAGGAGUACAAGGCGGCCUAUCUCCGCAAGCUGCGCAAGCAGGUGCUCCAACGGGCGGACAAGGGAAAGCAGAACGACGAGGACGACGAGGCACCCACGGUGUUAGGCCUGUCCGAUUCCCCGGCUCCGGUAGACGGCUUAAUUACAGUGAAAUCGCAGCAGCUGGAGAAGGCCAGAGUCAAGGCCGUCUGAAGUGGAGUAACAUGGUGCUGGUCUUCAAGCUGAUGUCAUGGCGUGGUUGUGCUUGGCAUAAACAACAACUAACCGAA